AUGCGCGUGAUGAUGGAGGGGUUCUACCUAGAAGCCCGCGCGUUGCUGGCAUUGGCUCUGCCAAGCGCACUCUCCACAUACUGCUACUUUGCUGUAUCAAUUACUGAGCUGAGUGUCAUGGGUCACUUGGGCGUGGACGAACUGGCCUCAGUUGCGUACGCGCAAUUGUGUUUAGACUUGUCCACACUCGUUUUCAUGCAGGGCUUCAAUGGUGGUAUGAAUUCGCUCUGCUCGCAGGCCUUCGGCGCCAAGAACUAUCACUUGGUGGGCGAAUACACGCUGUUAACGAGUCUUCUGGUAACCAUAGCCUGCGUGCCGAUGGCUCUGCUCUGGUGGAACCUUGAUAGCCUGCUCCUCACGGCGGGUGUUGCAGAGCACGUGGCCUUUUUAGCAGGACAGUAUGGUCGGCUGUCGUUGCUUUGGUUGUGGCCACGCAGCAUGUUCCAAGUGCUCGCGAGUUUCUACCAGGCGCAAAACAUUGUCCUCCCGACUGCCGCCUUCGACGUGCUCAUGGUCGCUUUCAAUGGCUUCUUCGCCAUUGGGUUCACGUACGGUCGCUUUUGGCUACCCGAGCUUGGAUUCAUUGGUUGUCCACUGGGUACUGCAGUGGCGGUGACUCUGAGACUCGUGAGCUACGUCGCGUACAUGAACGUCUACCGUCGAUACCAUUUGCAAUGCUCGUGGCGUUGGGAUACCCACUUUCUCGAUAAACAGAUUAUCUGGAAUUUGGUAUCGGUAGGCGUGCCGCUUGCAGCCGGCGAGUUGCUGGAGAAUUCACAGUUGACCGUGCUGACGCUUUUUGCAGCCAACAUUGGUGAGCUCCAGCUAGGGACACACAACUCUAUGAUGGAGUUGUUCUUCUUUGCUACUUCGCCACUUUACGCUGUCAUCGGUGGCUCGGUCACUCGAAUCGGGAACCACCUUGGUGCUGGCCAGCCGUCGCAAGCUGGUCUUGCAGCUAGGAUAUGUGGGGUCUGCAUCGUCACACUCACUACGACAAACAGCGUGGUUAUCGUUAGCUCGCGGCGGCAUCUGGGCCAAAUAUUCUCGGACGACCCGGUGGUCAUCUCAGCGUUUAGUCAGGUGUGUUCUCUGGCAGCGCUGGCUUAUUUUAUACUGUCAUUCUUCUGCUAUGCCCUGGCUGUGCUUCAAGCUCAAGCACGGCCAAUGCCACUGGCAGUAGGAAUGGUUGCUGGUGCUUGGCUAGUCGGCAUACCUUCAGCUUACCUGUUGGGUGUCCAUACAACUCACCCAAGUCUGCUGGGUAUUUGGGAGGGCAUGAUAUGCGGGUAUACCGUGACUUCUGUUGUUAGCUUUUUCCCAGCGUUUGUGCAACCAAAUUGGCAAGAAGAGGCUGACAAAGCAGUCAAGCGCUCGCAUUUGAAGGAAAAGGAGCUAGCAUCUCCUCAAGAAUCGGACCGCUUGUUAGCAUAG